AUGGACAGGCUAUCAGAUCAUUCGUUCAUCCUUCCUAACAGGGGUUGGCUCCCAUCCGACAUUGUGUCUCAAAUUAUUGAAGAAUUUGUUUUAGACUUGAGAUUCUUUGGAUAUGAUCGAUGUCUUGACCAUGAAUCAGUCUCCGAACUCCUCCGACUUCGUUUAGUUUCCAAAACUUGGUCAGAAGCUAUAAUACCAUUCGCAUUUCAUACUGUGCAGCUUCAUACGUCAAAAGGAAUUCAACUCAUCAUCGACAACUGGUCAAAGAUUCAGGCUCCGGAUCUUCCAUGCCCAGUAAAACGUCUUAUGAUUCAAGACCAGGUUUACCUGAGACCUAACGAUUGGGAAAGGCGAUGUCCUAUAUCUUUGGAUCAAGCGGCAAUACUAAUCGAGUUGAUCGGUGGAAACUUAAACGAGUUGACAUUGUUGUUUAGUGGUUCUUUUGGUAUCUCUCAAAGCUUAGUCAAGGCUAUAAGCCACAUCAAACAUUUAAAAAAGUUAAACCUACAAGACGACGAGGACACUGCAACACGAAAAGAUUACGAUCCACUAUUGCUAUCCAAUCUCUUUGAUGCUAUUCCCAAACUCGAAGCAUUCACUCUGAAAUAUGUUCAUGCAAUUAUAUCUGAGGUGAAACCACUAGUCUUAUCGACCUUGAAAUAUUUCAACUUUAAAUACUUUGAUGGUAACCGCGAUGCUAUCGCUCACAUCUGUCAAGCUGCGAAAGAAAGCAUGAGAAUAAUUGAAUAUCGCGGAGAGAUCCAAGAGCCCGAACUGGUCUUUGGUCCAAUCGCGAACACACUUGAAGGUCUUUUUACGUUCUCACUUACCGAUGAUAUCACACAGUCUACCAUCGAUCUGAAGCUCCCAAAACUUCGUCUCUUGCGCACUCGGUUUGGUCAGGAAGCCGAUGAUUAUGGAAUGUAUGAGAAUCCUAUACUGUUCCUGAAGUGGCCAAUCUUUCAUACCAUCCGAACGCUGGUUUUGGACAUCGAUGAAGGACCAUAUCAUCUAGAGGAACACUUACAACACAUGGGUCGAGAUCCUUUUCGUAAGACACCUAAUUUGAAACAUGUUAUCUUCAUCAUGAGCGAAGGGUAUAAAUCCUGCCCGGUAGUCCCUUCGAAACUAGUCAAAGAUCUCAAGUCGCAUGGAAUUGAUUGUCAUAGCAAACCCGAAUCAAAUCCUGAGGAACUAAUGGAACUCGACUUGAAGCUCAAUGGAGCAGUGAUCCGUUCGUCAUAA